ACAAAACCCAAAAACAAAGAAAGCAAGCAGCCAAGCCUCACGCGAAAUAGCGAACUCGCGAACUGCUCCUCGCCUCCUCCCAGCUUGCCUCGCCGGCUCGCCGCCCUGCUUUCAACCCACGUCGACGUCGUACCCCCAGUUCUAGAUUUUUUGUUUGUUCUUGUUCUUCAUUCUUCAUUUGAUUUUAUUUGCGUUCUUGUGAAUUUUUUUGACUUUCAUUUAGUUCUUCGUUCUUCAUUCUUGUCUUGUUUUUGUGCUUUCUUUCUGGCUUUCAUUCUUCGUUUUUGUUUUAAUUUAGUUCUUCAUUCUUCAUUCUUGUUCUUGUUACUUUUUAUUAGCGUUUUUGUGCUUUUUUUUUUUAGUAUCAUUCGGUUUUAUUUUGGUUACUUUUUAUUUUGAUUUUUGAUUUCUUAUUCUUGUUUUCAUACUUGGUUUCAUGUUCUUGUUUUUGUUAUUGAUUUCAGUUUUUGAUUUUGAUGGAGAUUUCAUUUUAUUCAGAUUUUGUUGUUAGGGUUUUGUUUCUUCGGACGGAGCUGCAGUUUUCCACUCAUUUCACUAUUGUUCAAUGGAGGAAAAGAAAAAGCAUAGAAUAUUGAUGGUGUCUGACUUUUUCUACCCAAAUUUUGGGGGAGUAGAAAGUCACAUUUAUUAUCUAUCCCAGUGUUUGCUUGAGCUUGGUCACAAGGUUGUAGUUUUGACGCACGCAUAUGGAAAUCGCUCUGGGGUGAGAUAUAUGACCAAAGGUCUGAAGGUUUAUUAUGUUCCAUGGAAGCCUUUGUUCAUGCAGAAUGUGUUACCCACUUUCUCUGGGACACUUCCAAUAUUGAGAACAAUUCUUGUGCGUGAGAAGAUUUCGUUGGUCCAUGGACACCAAGCCUUCUCAACUCUUUGCCAUGAAGCUUUGAUGCAUGCACGUACUAUGGGGUACAAAGUUGUUUUCACUGAUCACUCUUUGUACGGUUUUGCUGAUGUGGGUAGUAUACACAUGAACAAAGUCCUACAAUUUACCUUAGCAGACGCUACUCAAGCUAUCUGUGUCUCCCAUACAAGCAAGGAAAACACAGUGCUAAGAUCAGGUAUUCAUCCUGAAAAGGUUUAUGUGAUACCAAAUGCUGUUGACACGGCUAUGUUCAAGCAUGCUCCUGAAAGGCUUUCAUGUGAUCAAAUUGUCAUAGUUGUGAUUAGCAGACUGGUGUACCGAAAAGGUGCAGAUUUGCUUGUUGAAAUCAUUCCUGAAGUUUGUCGUCUACAUCCGAAUGUUCGUUUCAUCAUUGGAGGUGAUGGUGCUAAAAGAGUACGGGUAGAAGAGAUGCGAGAAAAAUAUUCUCUUCAAGAUAGGGUAGAAAUGUUGGGUGCUGUGCCGCACGCUCAAGUUCGAUCUGUGUUGAUAUCUGGGCACAUAUUUUUAAACAGCUCUUUAACAGAAGCAUUUUGCAUAGCAAUAUUGGAAGCAGCUAGUUGUGGAUUAUUGACAGUCAGUACUCGUGUAGGAGGUGUGCCUGAGGUUUUGCCAGAUGGCAUGGUCGUACUUGCAGAACCAGACCCCAGAGCUAUGGUGCUAGCUGUUGGAAAGGCGAUAACCAUGCUUCCCAACAUUGACCCACAAGCUAUGCACCUUCGAGUGAAAGGACUAUAUAGUUGGCAUGAUGUUGCUAAGAGGACUGAGAGAGUCUAUGAGCGAGCUCUUAAGUGUGCUGAUCAGAAUCUUCUUGAACGCCUAUCCAGGUACCUUGCUUGUGGUGCAUGGGCGGGCAAGCUUUUCUGCUUGGUUAUGAUUAUCAAUUACGUUUUCUGGUGUCUGUUAAAACUAUGGCAGCCUGAGGAGGAUAUUGAUGAGGCUCCGGAUGUUCAAUUACUCGAUCAACGAGAAUUGAGAUCUGAGGAUUCUAUAGGCUGUGAAAAUAUUAGAUGACACAGUACAUAUCUGCAUUCUGUACUUCGCAGACACAGUAUGUAAACUGUACAGCCAGCAGAUUGUACAUGGAUUCCCAAACAUUACACAUGCAGUUGUAUUGCUGCAUUUUUUUUGUAUGUAUCUCUUAUUACUGUAACGAACUAUAUUAUUGAUGAAAUUGAAGUUUCUUUGGUUUCGGAUUUU